AUGACCUGCUGGCUGUGCGUCCUGAGCCUGCAGCUCCUGCUUCUGCCCGCGGCCCCGCCCCCGGCCGGCGGCUGCCCGGCCCGCUGCGAGUGCACAGUGCAGACGCGCGCCGUGGCCUGUCCCCGGCGCCGGCUGACCGCCGUGCCCGACGGCAUCCCGGCCGAGACGCGCCUGCUGGAGCUCAGCCGCAACCGCAUCCGCUGCCUGAACCCGGGCGACCUGGCCGCGCUGCCGCUGCUGGAGGAACUGGACCUGAGCGAGAACGUGAUCGCGCACGUGGAGCCCGGCGCCUUCGCCAACCUGCCGCGCCUGCGCGUCCUGCGCCUGCGCGGGAACCUGCUCAAGCUCAUCCCGCCCGGGGUCUUCACGCGCCUGGACAACCUCACGCUGCUGGACCUGAGCGAGAACAAGCUGGUCAUCCUCCUAGACUACACCUUCCAGGACCUGCGCAGCCUCCGCCAGCUGGAGGUGGGCGACAACCACCUGGUGUUCAUCUCGCGCCGGGCCUUCGCGGGGCUGCUGGCCCUCGAGGAGCUGACCCUCGAGCGCUGCAACCUCACGGCGCUGUCGGGAGAGUCUCUGGGCCACCUGCGGGGCCUGGGCGCCCUGCGGCUGCGGCACCUGGCCAUCGCCGCCCUGGAGGACCAGAAUUUCCGGAGGCUUCCGGGCCUGCUGCACCUGGAGAUCGACGACUGGCCGCUGCUGGAGGAGGUGGCCGCCGGCAGCCUGCAGGGUCUCAACCUGACCUCGCUGUCCGUCACGCACACCAACAUCACCGCCGUGCCGGCAGCCGCGCUCCGCCACCAGGCCCACCUCACCUGCCUCAACCUGUCCCACAACCCCAUCAGCACGGUGCCGCGCGGCUCCUUCCGCGACCUGGUCCGCCUGCGCGAGCUGCACCUGGCCGGCGCCCUGCUGGCCGUGGUGGAGCCGCAGGCCUUCCUGGGGCUGCGGCAGAUCCGCCUGCUCAACCUCUCCAACAACCUGCUGUCCACGCUGGAGGAGAGCACCUUCCACUCGGUCAACACGCUGGAGACGCUGCGCGUGGACGGGAACCCGCUGGCCUGCGACUGUCGCCUGCUCUGGAUCGUGCAGCGCCGCAAGACCCUCAACUUCGACGGGCGGCUGCCGGCCUGCGCCACCCCGGCCGAGGUCCGCGGCGACGCGCUGCGCAACCUGCCCGACUCGGUGCUCUUCGAGUACUUCGUGUGCCGCAAGCCCAAGAUCCGCGAGCGGCGGCUGCAGCGCGUCACGGCCGCGGCGGGCGACGACGUGCGCUUCCAGUGCCGCGCCGAGGGCGAGCCGGCGCCCACCGUGGCCUGGGUGACGCCCCGGCACCGCGCCGUGACCGCCGCCAGCGCGGGGCGCGCGCGCGUGCUGCCCGGGGGCACGCUGGAGAUCCAGGGCGCGCGCCCGCAGGACAGCGGCACGUACACGUGCGUGGCCAGCAACGCGGGCGGCAACGACACGUACUUCGCCACGCUGACCGUGCAGCCGGAGCCGGCCGCCAACCGGACCCCGAGCGAGGGCCGCAACGAGACGCAGGCGGCCGCCCGCUUCCCGCUGGACCUCACCACCAUCCUGGUGUCCACCGCCAUGGGCUGCAUCACCUUCCUGGGCGUCGUCCUCUUCUGCUUCCUGCUGCUCUUCGUGUGGAGCCGCGGCCGCGGGCAGCACAAAAACAAUUUCUCGGUGGAGUACUCCUUCCGCAAGGUGGACGGGCCGGCCGCGGCCGCCGGGCAGGGCGGCGCCCGCAAGUUCACCAUGAAGAUGAUCUGA